UGCGCAUUCUGUAACCAAAACAACAUGGCGGCUUUGUAAUCCGCAUUCCUCUAUGAUCAGAUAAAACCUGUCGUGUGUUCGAUAUGUUUAGAUUUUAACUAGACCCCAAAUCACAAAAAGUCUAAGUACUUUCAAGUACACGAAUUUGUGCCCUACUUUCUUUUUAAAUUCAAACCAACAGCGAACCUGACUUUGCAAGUCCUAACGUUAUCAAAACAGGUGGAUGUUCUGUUACGUUAAAUCAUGGGGAAUGACGGUAAACUGAAAGGUAACUAGAGGAAAAUGUUAGCUGGAGCCUAUUCAAAAACAUACCAAUACAUAGAAAAACAAAGGAUUGAGCAAUUAAAACAACUCCAGACGGACGAAGUUGGAGAUGCAGUGGCGAAAGCGAAGAAGCUCUCUGUGGAGACGAACAAAAGGCGAAAAGCACAAGCUACGAAGAGAAAAUUAGAGCAACAAAGAGAAGAAAAACGGAGACAGCAGAUUUUGUCGAGGAGGCGGGAAGAACAGCGAGAGGCGACAGAGAAAUACCAGCGCUCUCAUGUUCCAUCCCGACCACCCAGUGGAAGAUCCCAUAGUUCAAGGAAAAAUGUUCCUUCCCCUAACCGGACUCUGGAGGAUACUUUGAGGCUUGUGAGAGGGAACUCCAGUCUACAGCGACAGAACAGUGGUAGCUCCACCGGGAGUCACCAAAGUCCCCGCCAGACGUACACCGACGCGCUCAACCGACCGUACUUCAACAAGUACUCCAACUUCCAUUCUCCUGUCAUCCAGAACGACCGAGCCAGGACCAGCAGUGCCCAGGACAAACUCCACAACAGGAGCCUAAGGAAUCUCAACAAUAGCAAGAGUCUGUUUGAGCAGAAGUUGGAGCAGCAGCAGAGACAGCUGGUAGACCAACAGAAGAAGGUGUUUAACGAUUUUAAUGAGGCGGUCCAAAAGGAGAUAAAUCAUGGCGAGAAUGAAGCAGACGACAGCGUUAGUUUGUCCAGCGCCGACAGUUUGGAGGACUCCAUGGAGGAGAGUCCAGCCAAAUUACACCAGCAGAAUAAUUAUAAUAACAACCAUGUCCAAAACGAACAAGUGAUUCAUACCAAGUCCUCUCUGCAGGAUACACACCAGAGUGUGCGGGACAUUUCCUUCCACUUAAAUAGUGCUUACGGACAGAGUAACGGAGUGGGUUAUCCAGACAGGAACGAGAAAAUUGACUCUUACAGUAUGGAGCAAACUUGGGCCAACAAUAACUACCCUCCAUCAAGUGUCGCAGUGUCUAGGCCUGAAGUACAGAAGACUCAGGUCUCAGAAGGGAAAGACCGACCCAAGGUUCAAUUACGAGCCUGGUCGACUCCCUCCCCUAUAGACUCCCAUCAUUCCUCAGCAGCGAACACUCACAUCACAAACAAUAACCCCUACAGCUCACGGCCUUCUAUGACAGCCGUUACCUCCACCACAGCUUUUGGAGAUAGAAACUCCCAGAAGAGCUACGUACAAAGUAAUGGCUGGAGGGAUGAGAACCAGUUAAAUGGAAUGAGCGAUAGAGCGUUUGAUGGGAAUGUUGGGGGAACUGGUUCCCAGAAUCCAAGUUCUAAUGGUUAUGGGGACACGGUUGGGAUGAAUGUGAGGAAUGGUAAUGAUGUGACCAGAGGAUACACCAAUGGGUAUAUGUAUUCCUCUGAAAAUUCCAAAAGUGCUCAGCCCAGUGGCAAUGGAAAUAGAGGAAUGGAUGUUGGUGCUUCUAGACCAAUGGAGUUUCUGCAGACUGUCACCAAUACACCGGAGAAUGCUGACAACAGAGUCACAAACUCAGACAAGGAGGCUGUGACGGCCCCUGCUACAGAGAGUAAGCCGAGUCGUGUUCCCCGUCCAGUGAGUGCCGUGAGGAUUCAGAAGGUGCAGUACAAUGUGAUCCCCCCUCCCUCCUCCAACGAGGAAACAGUACAGGCACCCUCAGGGGUUCAGGGUGUGGAGAAAGCGGAAAGUGGAAGAAAUGGUGGUGUUCAAAAAGUGGAGAUCAAUCCCAAACCACCACAAGUCUUCAUCAACACCACCUCAGGCGAUCAACCGCAAGUCCGGCAAGUCACUCAGGUCAAGUUUGCGGCAAGUGUAGUGAACGGGGGUGUUAAUAUGAACAGUUACGGUAAAAUGAAUGUGCAACCUCUUCCUAAUAAACCCUUGGUAAUAGGGGUCUCUGAUGUAAAGAAGGAAAAUCCCGUUCCCGUCAAAGUGACAAGAAAGGCCAAAGAUGACGUUGAUCUGGUGGUGAGAAACCAAAUCGAGGCUGAAGAAGAGGUCAACUCAGGGGUCAAGGGCAUUCUGAAGAGGCCAGGGUCAAAGUUGAAAAAGGCAGGGUCAACUGGCAGUGUCAACAGCAUGGAUGUGAAGGACAGUAUAGAGAUUGCUCGCAUUCACAUGCACCACCACCAUCCCAAACAGGUUCCCAGGAAGAAGAGUGUUCGAUUUGCAGACAUUCACUAUCCAAGUGAUGCCGAAGAGGAGCCUGAUACUGGCAGUGAAAAUUCAGCAGCAAAUGGACAUAGUCACUCCUCAAGGCCUAUAUCAGCCAAGGUGACGUCCCACACCCCCAAGUCUCAGUCCCAGGCCCCGCGGGCCAUGAGUGCUGGACACCGACCCCAGGUCAAGCACAAAUCCACGAUACGCCCACAGGCCGCUGCCCACAUAAUCACCCACAACAACUCCCAAGCCUCGGCCAUGCUUAAUGCCCAGAAGGUGGCCGAUAAGAAAGUAGCGGUGGUUAAUAAUAACUUUAUGUCCAAGGUCCCCACCUCACUGACUCCUGCAUACACAGAGGCCACUGUUUAUACUGUCCCAGGGGUCAAGAUAAAUUAUACAAAGCCGACCUCUGGCAUGAUGCCAAGACAGGAGGAAAUGAACUACUCAGGAAAAGAGAACAAUGUUCCGAUGAGUUCUGGUUCAGACGUGCCUGUUCAACAUAUUAGCAUGCAGGGGGCUGUUUUCGAUGAAAAUGGUUUGAGAAUUGAUAGAACUCCAACAGACGAAGAAAUCAAUUUUCUUUGGGAGAAGGUUCGUACUUGUUUGAAUCGACCAGGAAAUCAAAAUCAGAAUGUUCCGAUUUCGGAACAUCAAUUGAUGGUUUCCCAGCCCCAUGUUGAGCCUCCCAGACAAUCGGCCCAUAUGGCCCAUCAGUACAUUGAUGGAGCAGCUCUUAAUAAGAUUGUGGCAGCCAACCGGGCUCAACAGGGGCUUAAUUCCACCAGUGGGGCACCAAGUAAUACAGUUGCAUCAAAGAAUGGAGAUCAAACCUACGCUAGAAGGUAUGGCCUCUUACAACAACGAAAACAGCAGAACCCUAAUAGCCUGAAUAAGGGGCCUGGUGUGUCACAGAGGCAGUUUGUUUCAAUGCACAAUGGACCGGUGUACAGUAACAACGAACCUUCCCAGAAUCCUUCAUACCAGCCCCCUCAAGACGUUUCGGAGAGCAUGGCCGCAUUUUUGACGGCAGAACACCUGGCUCAACAUUCGAUGUCGGAGAGUCAGAUCCAGAAUGCCAUGGACCAGGCCCAGCGGAACCAGCAAGUAGUGGUGGCCAACAAACCCACGCAGAAAAUUCCUACUGCACUUUCGAUAGAGGAGCAACGAUUGCUGGAAUCCUUAGACCGCCUCAAUGAGAGGCUAAAAAUCACAGAGUUUCCAGGAAGUCUACUUCAAGAGAAUCCCCAACCUGUACCGGUAGUUAGCCAGCCGGAUCCCCAACAGUUUGUUUACCUUGAAGCUACAAAUCUAGAAAAUACAGGAGCCUUCAAAGGGAAACAACCUUUGAAUUCUCAGAGACGACUUACCGAGAGUGCCAGAGGCGGAUAUCGAGGAGGUGUUAGACAACAGAUAUACAGAUAUCCCUGAAACACAAAUAUCUGUGGAAAACAGAUAUUGUUCAUGUAUUAAUUAUUGGCAUUCUGAUAUUCCUUAGAAAAUAUAUCAGAAUUAGGAUGUUCAUCCAAAAAAAGGAUCUCAUUGGAGCACAGAUAUCAAUAGAAAAUUAUAAUGAUACAGUACAUGCAGAUACAUGUGUGUCUAUAAUUACAGAUAUCUCUAGAUAUUAGAUAUCAUUUAAGUAAUGAUUGACAUCCCAACAGUUCAACAACAGAGAUGUUUAAAUACAGAUAUCCUAUUAAGCUAAAAAAGACCCAAGGUACCUUAUAGAUGUACCCUAAAAAUAAUGUACCAGUAUGUUUCAAGAUGUCCACCAAGGCUUUAUACAACGUAUAGAUAUCUUUUAAGGUAACCAACUGUUCAUCAUGCAUAUAUUAUUGGUACAUGAAUUCAAAACAGGAACAGAUGGGUUAAACCAGUAGAUUUAUACUUGGUCAAUACCUUGGUAUCUGAUAUAAAAUGAAACUUCUGAUAUCUGACUUAGCUGACUUAGACAUCACUUUAAUUGAUAAAUAAAUGUGUAAAAAAAAAAUUCAUUUCCUUCUCCGUGUGUUAAGCAUACAGCUGCGUAGAGUCUAUUGUAUAUGUUGGAAUAUACACAUAUUUUUUAUAAACACGGAUAUCUUCAGAUAAACAUUGCAAGCAAAGCAUCAAAUCAUAUAUGAUAGAUAUCUGUAACGUCUAAGGUAGCAGUGUUAAUACUGUGAUGUACAUGCACAAAGCUGGCCUUUUUUAUAUCACUAACAGAUAUAGUUAUGUAAGUUCAAAUCAUUUGUGAUAUUUAACAAUCUAGAUUGGAUAUAUAACAGAUAUCAAAACAUUUUGAUUAUUGAUAUCAAAAACGAGAAAUUCUUAAAAUAUAAUUACUUGCAUAAUUCGCUCAAUGUUAACGGUGCUACACAGUGAUAUGAAAUAGUAAGGACGCAAUAUUUUUCUUUUGUAUAGCAUUGAAAACACAGACUUUACUUUUCUGCAUAGAUUUAUCAACGAGUUACCUUUUCGUUUUUUGUUGAGAUGCAUUCCAUCCAUUUUAUUUCCAGUCAAUUAAAAGAGUGUAUUGUAUUUAUUUUCAUAGUUUAUUUAUACAAAUGUAAUGAAUUUGAUUAAUUUUUUUCACGAUCUUUUUCCGUCCCUUCGUCACAAACCAUGGCAAUUAUGUACUACGAUCCUCUCCCAUCUGGAGAGAGAUAUGUAAACUCCGGACCGUGGGUUGAGACGAUGAUUCCGUCCCAGAAAACUUUUAUUUCUUUUAAGCAUAUAUCUUUUUUUAAUAUUUCACUUUUUAUAUACUGUAUUUAAUUUACAAUAUACAUUCCAUUGUCACCUUUGUUACAAUCCUAAACAGAUUGAAUCACCACUUUUUGUUUUAUUAAAAUAGAUGUAGAUACUUUUAGGUAAUAUGAAGACAAUUUAGUGUCAAACUUCACAAACUUUGGCUUUUUUUGUCACUUCCAUCUUUCCAUCUCAAGUAAAUCAAAACUUGCUAAACUCACCAUAUUUCUUAAUCACAAGAGUCUGUUUACUUUGACAAUUGCAAAGAUGGAAUAUGGUUGGAUAUUUAAGUUAUUUUUGAUUUGAUGCGUAAAUUGUAUGUCGAUUUAUACAUACAAUAAUGUAAGGAAUAAAGUUGCCUUAAUUUCUAGAGCAUUUAAUUAUUAUGUAUGUAAUGUUGAAGUACAAAAUUUUAUGAUGAAUAUUUUUAAUGACUGAAUUUGAUUUUAAUAUGUUUUAAAAAAUCUUGUACGUAUUCUGUGAAGUCUAGUCCCAUAUUGUAAAAUUAACAAACUUGAUUGUCUUAGUUCAGAGAAGCUAUUAGCUGUCUUUACCAUGUAAAGGUUUGAGGUAUGCAAUAGACACUUUAAAAACAAUAUUGUUUCUACUUAGAUCAUAUCUUGUUUGACCUUUUUAUCAAAAUAAUCAACAAUAAUAAACUUGGCUCUUAGGAAUGGUUACUAUCAGGUCAAGGUCGUUUUUAAAAAAAAAUGUGACCUUGACAUAUUUUUAUAUCUCUGAUAAAGUUACAUGGGCUUGUUUAUUUUUUGAAAUAUGCCAACUAUACUAGAUAGAAAAACUUAUUAUAAGUUUCAUUCAAUUAUGCAAGAAACAACAAAUUUGUGUUUCUGUACUUGUGCCAAUUAGUUCAUUGUAGUAAUUCUUGAAGUUUU